CAACUGCGGGUCCAGCAGGAAUGCAAACAGAUUCAGCGAUGACACUCAUGAAUGCUUAUCGUUCAUAUGUCUCGAUGCUUGUAGACCCUGCAGCAAAGGAAGAUAGUAAAUUAAAAGUUUUACAAGAAUUGGGGAAUGAACUUGAGGCAAUUGUGGUCAAUUCGCAGUAUCCCUCUUUCUUGGAGCAUGCACUCAGAAUUUUCUUAAAGAUACUGCAGGAUGGGGACCCAUAUUUUUUAUCUGAACAUACAACUCAGCAACUGCGCAAGCUUAUUCUGGAAAUAUUACACCGUUUACCUACCAAUAAUAUCCUCAUGCCUCAUUCAAAAUCCAUUUUGUCUUUAAUGUUCAAACUUCUAGAGACUGAAAAUGAGGAAAAUGUUUUAGUUGUAUUGAGAAUAAUAAUUGAAUUUCAUAAGACUUACAGACCACCAUUUUCUUCAGAAAUUAGCCAGUUUUUAGCUUAUGUAAAGAGAAUCUACAAAGAUUUGCCAAAUCAGCUGAAUAAGAUUUUUGAUCCUCGACCAGCUCCUAAAGUUAAGGAUGUAAGUCAAGCUACUCUUGAACCGAUACUUAAUGAAACCUUCACCGGUACAGUUUUGUACUGUGAAAGACGAGGUCCGGACGGCAGCACUGCGCAAUAUAACUUAAUUCCAAAGGCUAGUUUGUCUCUAAAAGUACUGGCAGAAUUGCCCAUCAUUGUGGUCCUGAUGUAUCAAUUGUACAAGAAUAAUGUUCAUAAGGAAGUUGAAGAAUUCAUUCCAUUAAUCAUAGUUACUUUGACUCUUCAACCUACUGCUGCUCAAAGAAAUAAUCCAAACUUCAACAAAGAAAUAUUUGUUGAUUUUAUGGCUGCCCAGAUAAAAACUUUGUCUUUUUUGGCAUAUAUUGUUCGCAUAUAUCAGACACUUGUGAUGGAACAUUCCACAGAAUUAUCAAAGGGAGUCAUUGGACUCUUGUCACUCUGUCCACCUGAAGUAGCCCAUUUACGAAAAGAGCUUCUAAUUGCUGCUCGACAUAUUUUAGCUACUGAGUUGCGAGACAAAUUUGUUAAUUCAUUAGAAGAACUUUUUGAUGAAAACAUUCUGAUUGGUCCUGGAUGGACAGCUCAUGAAUCAUUGAGACCUCUUGCGUACAGCACUUUAGCUGACCUAGUACAUCAUGUCCGUCAGCAUUUGCCUUUCAAGGACUUAACCAGAGCUGUGAAUUUGUUUUCAAAAAAUGUUCAUGAUGAAUCAUUACUAACUACAAUUCAAACAAUGUCUUGCAAGUUACUUUUGAACCUUGUUGAGUGUAUUAAACUUCAGGCUGAACGAGAAAAUAAAAAUGGAAGAGAAUUAUUGAUGAGAAUGAUGGAAGUGUUGGUGCUGAAAUUUAAAACAAUUGCCAAACUCCAAAUCCCAGUUUUGAUUAUGAAAGCUGCAAAGCAACAGCAGCACCAGCAACAACAGCAGGUUCUUGUUGCAAAUGCAUUACAUCUGACAGCAGCUCAGUCUGCUACUGUGCAACAUCCUGCUGUCUCUCCAGCUGUACCUAUAAAUAUAAGUCAUCCCGGGUUAGUUGAAGUUAAAACUGAGCCCAAAGAUGGUGCAGAGCAGAAAGUGACGUUUCAGACCGGAGGACUAUUGGAUAAUAAAGAAGAAAAGACAAAAUUUGGUUUCCCUGCUUCUCAUGCUGCUGCUUAUUCGAUAGCCGAUUGCAGAAGCCUUGUAAAGACUUUAGUUUGUGGAGUUAAAACUGUAACUUGGGGUGUUACAGCAUGCAAAGUUCCUUCUGAAAAUGCUCAAGCUAUUCCAAAUAAUCAAUUUCAACCAAAGGAAACUUUAGUUUAUAUCAGGUUGAUUAAGUAUGCUCUUCAAGCUUUAGAUAUAUAUGCCUUGUCUCCUCCAAUUCCUGGGCAAGUUGCACAGAGAACGAUGCCAGUUCAAAGUGUUCGAUCAAAGGAAGAAAAAGAGGUUUUGGAGCAUUUAGCUGGAGUGUAUACCAUGAUGCAUCCUCUUACAUUUCGUGAAGUGUUCUCAACUACUAUUGAUUUUGUUGUUGAUCGCAUAUCUAAGAAUGUGGCUCUUCAAAUUUUAGCUAACUCUUUUUUGGCCAAUACUAAUACUUCACCUAUAUUUGCCACAAUAUUAGUUGAAUAUCUUCUAAAAAGAAUGGAGGAAAUGGGAUCUAACAUGGAACGAUCCAAUUUGUACCUAAAACUCUUCAAGCUAGUUUUUGGAUCGGUUUCACUGUUUCCGGCUGAGAAUGAACAGAUGUUAAAGCCAUACCUUCAUCAGAUUGUCAACCGAUCUAUGGAAUUGGCUUUAAGUGCGAAAGAACCAUACAAUUAUUUUCUUCUCUUGCGAGCCUUAUUUCGUUCUAUUGGCGGAGGAAGUCAUGAUUUAUUGUACCAGGAAUUCCUGCCUCUUCUCCCUAAUUUAUUACAAGGUUUAAAUAGUUUACAAAGUGGUCUUCAUAAACAGCAUAUGAAAGAUUUAUUUGUUGAAUUGUGCUUAACAGUUCCUGUAAGAUUGAGUUCCUUGUUGCCUUAUCUCCCAAUGUUGAUGGAUCCACUUGUUUCUGCUUUAAAUGGUUCUCAGACAUUAGUGAGUCAGGGUUUACGAACUCUAGAACUCUGUGUAGAUAAUUUGCAACCGGAUUUCCUCUAUGACCACAUUCAGCCCGUCCGAGCCGAGUUGAUGCAAGCUUUAUGGAGGACAUUGAGGAAUCCUACUGAUCAAACAGCUCAAGUUGCCUUCCGAGUUCUGGGAAAAUUUGGAGGAGGCAACAGAAAAAUGAUGGUUGAACCACAGAGGUUGGAAUAUAAUUCACGUGAAAGUAUAGGACCUUGUAUUUCCAUCUAUUUUCAAGAGCAAAAAACUAAUGUAUCACUACCAAUUGGAAAAGUAAUAGAAACAGCCUUUAAUGCCCUAAAGACCAGUACUACUGAUGCAUUUUACCGCAGGCAAUGUUGGGAAGUGAUCCAAGGAUUUCUUGCAGCCAAUAUAGAACAAGAUGAUGAGAAACAUAAUGUUCACCAGUUAUUUCUUCAUCCCAGUUUUACAACAGGUGUAAUACCACCACAGCAAGGCCCAUAUUAUCUCUGUCCAGAUGCGGAGUCGCGAAAAAUUCACGAAAUGGCACUGACAGGGAUGUUCGUUGCUGCUGCUAUUAAAGAACUUCGACCUGUUGUUGUCCCAUUCAUGAUUGCUCUAGUAAGACAUUAUACUUUUGUGGCUAUCAGCCAACAAGCUGGGCCCUUUGUAAGCAGUCAGAGACAAGUGAAACCACAGGGGAUGGAUCCUUUGGUUUUGGUCGAUGCAACUGCAGCCGUUAUGGGUCAUGAAGAAAAAGAAUUAUGCAAGCCAGGCAACUUAGCGAUGGUCAUCUGCAUAGAAACAGCACAAACUAUUCUUCAUUCAAAGCAGAGAGCUUGUUCAUUGCCAAUAAUAGAAUAUUUAGCUGAAAAAAUGUGUGCUCUUUGUUAUGAUAGAGCUUGGUAUGCAAAACUUGGAGGGUGCUUUGCUAUAAAAACAUUGUUGGAAAAAUGUCACCCCAGAUGGAUUUAUUCCCAUAUGUACUCUUUUCUUAAAGCUUUGCUUUUUGUAAUGAUGGAUCUGACUGGAGAAGUUUCCAGUGGAGCAGUAGAUAUGGCUAAAAACAAUUUAGAAUUGAUGUUGAAGAAUUAUUGCAAACCUUGUAAAACUAAUGAUUUGACAUUAGUUGAGGUCCAGAAAAAAGCCAUUAGUGAAUUAGUUCAAGAACUUGUCCGACAGUUAACUCAGCCAAAUAAUUGCGUGAGAGAGCAGGCAAUGCAUUCAUUGAAAGUGAUUGCAGAAGUUGGAAAUACCACUAUUACUCAAAUUAUUGAACCUCACAAAGAUUUACUUGCUGAUUAUGUGCCUCUUAGAAAACAUAUUCUUCGUCAUCAGCCGGUUCUCUGUCAAAUUGGAUUACUGGAUGGCAAUACAUUUUGCAUUACUUUAGAGCCUCGUCUUUUUUCUUAUGAUUUAAACAUUGCUGAUCAUAAACAGUUUUUUGAUGAGCUGAUGAUGCUGUCUGAGCAUGAUGACGCAGCGCUAUUGAAACUGCCUUGUUACAAAUCACUCACCAAUCUGAUACCCAUCCGCAAAGCUAUGCUGAGACUCCUUUCAGCUUGCUGCUACAUGCCAGAUAAGAGGAAUGAUAUUUUCCAGCUUUUAUAUAAAGCUCUAAGUUCUAAUGUGCCAGAGUUACAGGAAGUGGGCUAUUUAUGUAUUAAGGAUAUCAUAUCAAAAUAUGAAAUUGAUAUUGAUAUGGUUCAUACUACGAUACGCCCUCUAUUGUUAAAACUUGGCGAUUACAGAUCACUCAGCAUUCCAGUAAUUCAGCAUCUAAGCUACUUGACCCUAUUGUUUCGUAAAAUCUUCAAUGACAAACUAUGUGAUCAACUUCUUACACACUUGAACAAAUGUCUAGAAGUUGCCGAGGCUACAGUAAAAUCAAGUGAUUGGAAAACAGCUGUUGCUACAGAAGUUAAAAUUUGUUCGGGCAUUAUUGAUAUUUUCCACCAGAUACCUGCUGCUUCCACAAAAUUUAUUGAACCUCUUUUAACUGUUGUUCUGAAAACGGAAAAGAACUUGCUCAUGGAGGCUGGUAGUCAUUAUCGAGGUCCUCUAGUGAAGUUCUUGAAGCGAUACCCAAGUCAGACAGUAGAGUACCUGCUUUCAGAGCAGAAUUUAAAAGAUGCCCAGCUGACAAGAUUCCUUGAAUACUUGUUAAAAGGCGAUAGAGGCAAGCUAUUUAGAGAAGUUUUGCAACAAAAACAUACUUCAAAACUCGUUUCAAUGACCUUAGGCGUAAACCAAUCUGCUACUGCCUUGGGUGCCAGUGCAACAGCCAAUUUUGCAAUUCAAGAAAUACAAUACCAAGCAAUACGCAUUGUUAGUCUUUUAGUGAAGUAUGAUGAUCAAUGGCUCUCUGAGCAACAUCAGCUAGUUGCUUGCUUACGUAAGAUAUGGAUUUCCAAAGAAUUUCAAGAGCGUCAUUUGAAGGCAGAUUCUGUUGAUUACUCUCAAUGGAAAGAACCUAAACUUCUAGCGAAGUGCUUAUUGAAUUUUGUGAAACAUCAUCCUAAUGAGAUAGAACUUUUAUUUCAACUCCUCAGAGCCUUUACCGGCCGCUUCAUCCAUGAUUUUGAGUUCCUCAGGGACUUUCUGGAGAACACGGUUGCUAAUAACUAUACCGUAGAUUGGAAAAGAAUGGCCUUCUUUAAAUUUGUGGAGCUGUUUUGUGAUGCAAAUUUCCCUCAAGACCUGAAAGCCAAAAUUUUGCAAUAUAUUCUCAUUCCGUCUUUUGCAAUCGCAUUUGAAAAAGGCGAGGGAGAGAGACUCAUAGGAGGACCUCCAGCUCCAGAGCAAGAUUUAAAUGAAAAUGUGAUGAGUGUGUUCAUAAAUAAAAUUAUAGACUCUGAAAGUCCCGUUACAACAUCGGAUGCUGUAAGAAUUCUUCUGCUUCAGUUUUCAUGCCUUCUUGUUGAACAAGCUUCACCUCACAUUCAUGAUGCUGCAAAUAAGCGGCAAGGUAACAAGCUUCGUAGAUUAAUGACUUUUGCAUGGCCAUGUUUAUUGACAAAAAAUUGUGUUGAUCCUGCUACAAAGUAUCAUGGCCAUUUGCUAUUAGCUAAUAUUAUAGCGAAGUUUGCUAUUCAUAAAAGAAUUGUUUUACAAGUUUUUCAUAGCUUGUUGAAAGCACAUGCUGCUGAAGCCAGAUCAGUGGUUAGGCAAGCGCUUGAAAUUUUAACUCCUGCAAUGCCAGUUCGAAUGGAGGAUGGGAACAAUAUGUUGACUCACUGGACCAAGAAAAUAAUAGUUGAAGAAGGACAUAUUUUAGCUCAGUUGGUUCAUAUGCUCCAGCUUGUUGUCCGUCAUUACAAAGUUUACUUUCCUGUACGACAUCAUCUUGUUCGACAUAUGGUAAAUUCAAUUCAGCGCCUUGCAUUCUCUCCAAAUGGUACAAUGGAACACAAAAGACUUGCAGUUGAUUUAGCAGAAGUAAUUAUUCGUUGGGAAAUCACGCGACAGAAAGAAGAACAAGAAAAACUGCAUUCAGGCAUUGAUAAAAACGAGAGUUCUGAAGCUAUGCAGGCAAAUAUUAUGGCUUUGAAGCAACGUAGUGUUGCAGAUGGAACAGAUAACAAGAGACUUAAAAAUCUAAUUGGAACUGUUGGAAAACAUGCAGAUCGAAACAAGCCAAUAGAAAAAGAACAUGCUGAUGCUGUUGUUAAUUUUCUUUUGAGAAUGGCUUGUCAGGUAAAUGAAUCUUCUACCGCAGUUGGCACAACUGGAGAAAUAUUAUCACGUAGAUGUGUUGCACUUUUGAAAACUGCUUUAAAGCCUGAUGUUUGGCCUAAUGCAGAGUUAAAAUUAACAUGGUUUGACAAGCUAUUAAGCACAAUAAAAGAAAAUCCUCAACCGAAUUAUGGAAAUAUAUGUACCGCAUUAGAGUUACUUGCGUUCUUACUUUCAAUCUUGAGAAAGGAAAUCGUAUUGACAACAUUUAGACCCUUACAAAGAGGGAUUGCAUCUUGUUUGAACUGUAAUAAUUCAAAAGUGAUAAGAUCUGUUCACAAUUUGUUGUCACGUUUGAUGAGCUUGUUCCCCACAGAGCCGACUAAUUCAAGUGUUGCUUCUAAAUAUGAAGAGUUAGAAUGCCUAUAUGCUGUUGUAAGCAAUGUUGUUUUGGAAGGAUUAAACACCUAUGAAAAAUCCACUACCAGUUCUUCACCUCAACCUCUUUUUGCCACACUCAUGAUACUGAAAUCAGCUUGUGUCAACAAUCCAUGUUAUAUUGAUCGUUUGAUUUCUUCAUUUAUGAGAGUCCUUCAAAAAAUGACUAAAGAGCAUCUAGCAACGCAGCCUGAGCAUCUGAAUCCCAUGGCUACUGAUUUGCUGAUUCUUAGUCUUGAUCUCGUGAAAAAUAGAGUUGGAGUCAUGGGGCAAGACAUGCGCAAGACAUUUAUUGGCAGUAUUUUAGUUGGUUUACUUGAGAAAUCCCCUGAUGUUAAAAUCUUGAAGGCAAUAACUAAAAUGGUAGAAGAUUGGGUGAAAAGUAAAUCCACCAUAGCUGUUAAUCAAAGUCCAUCUAUCAGAGAAAAAUCUAUUCUCCUAGUUAAAAUGAUGCAAUUUAUUGAAAAGAGGUUUCCUAAUGAACUUGAUCUCAAUGCUCAGUUCCUGGAGCUUGUUCAUUACGUGUACAAAGAUGAAUCUCUAAAAUCAACAGAGUUACAAUCUAAGCUGGAACCUGCUUUCAUGGCUGGAUUGAGAUGUGUACAACCACAUAUAAGGGCCAAAUUCUUUGAGUUGUUCGACAACAGCAUGAGACGUCGACUUCACGAUCGGAUGCUGUACAUCAUAUGUGCCCAAAAUUGGGAAACCAUUGGCUCUCAUUUCUGGAUUAAGCAGUGUAUAGAACUUCUCCUGGUCACUGCAGUAGAUGGAAUCCCCAUCCAAACGUCUACUCCUAAUGUGCUGUUACCUGCAAUCACAGCUGUUAUUGAGCAAGCUGAUUCUCAAGAGCGAGCAACAUAUGCCAUGUCAGCUUCAAUCAAAGAAGAGCCAAUGGAUGUGGAAUCGGUUGAGAAUAAAGAGGAGGAGAUUGAUAUAGAGCUUCCAAGUGCAGAAGAUGGACAAUUAAAAAGCACAAUUGAUGGCACACUGAGUUCUGUUUCUAGUCAUCAGUUAUUGGAAUCAAGGCUAAGUGCCCAAACAAUGCUUGCAAAACAGGCAAAAUUCCAUGAAGCUUUACGUGAGGUGAAAACCAUGGCUUUCCUUAAUGCUACUGCUCAGUUAUGUCACAUGGAUACCACUUUAGCUCAACACUUGUUUAUACAACUCUUUCCACGCCUGUGGAAGAUACUCAGCGACAAACAGCAAACUGCAAUUAGCAGUGACAUAGUUCCUUUCAUUGUGAGUGGGAGUCAUAAUAUUCAAAAGGACUGUCAUCCAAGUGCAGCUGGAACUCUGGUAGAAGCUAUAUCUCAUUGCACACCUUCUAUCCCUAUGAAACCAACAUUAUUGCAGUUUUUAGGUAAAAAUCAUAAUCAAUGGCACAGAGCUACUCUACUGUUAGAGCAAAUCUGCUUCGAUAAGGGCAUUGGUGUUCAAGUGAAAUCGAGGAUUCCUUCGGAUCUAGGAGAUCCAGAUUCGUCUCAAAAUUUGCAACUUGAUGCCUUGGAUUACAUUGCUGAGAUGUACUCUAGUUUGAAAGAAGAGGACCUGUGGGGAGGAUUGUGGCAAAAACGUUCAAAAUUUCCUGAAACUGGUGUGGCUGUGGCUCUAGAACAACAAGGCCUCUUCAUGCAAGCUCUUAGCGCAUAUGAGCGAGUUAUCGGAAAGAGUCUUCAAGAGUAUGGUGGUAGCACACCAAUUUCAUUGACUAGUGAACAAAACUUAUGGUACAAACACUGGAUUAGAUGUUUGCGAGAAUUGAACAUGUGGGAGAAUCUCUUGCAAAUAGGCAUGUCUCCGAAUCAACAAAUUGUGGACCCAUAUUUAGCUUUAGAGUUCGCAUGGCGUCAACCAAAUUGGCCAGUUAUGAAAGAAGCUCUAGAAUUUGUUGAACAAAAUUGCCCACGCGAAUUGACGUGGAAAGUUCAGCUGUAUAAGGGAUAUUUAGUCAUAUGCAAUCCUGAAGACCGAGCCUUUAACAUGAUUGAAAGGAUUGUUGAAUUAUGCACUAAUAUAUGCAUCCGUGAAUGGCGAAGAUUACCUCACAUUGUAUCUCAUGUUCACUUACCAAUCUUGCAGGCAACUCAGCAAAUCAUGGAACUUCAAGAUGCAGUUCAGAUACAUCAGGGUCUAAUGCCUGCAAAUAUUGGAAGAGUACCUAGUCUUCAUGACAUGAAGGCGAUUGUAAAGACCUGGAGAAAUCGCUUGCCUGUCAUUAGCGAUGAUCUCUCUCAUUGGAGUGAGAUUUUUUACUGGCGUCAAGAACAUUAUAAGACAAUUGUCUCUAGCUAUGAGCCUAUUCAAAACGGUCAGCAGAUUGAAGCUCAGGCUAAUCAUGCAAUGCUUGGAGUCCAUGCAUCUGCUCAGUCUAUUAUUCACUAUGGAAAGAUUGCCAGGAAGCAUGGUUUGACCAGUGUUUGUCAAGAGGCACUGGGGAGAAUUCACUCAAUCCCAAGUGUCCCUAUUGUUGAUUGCUUUCAAAAAAUCCGUCAGCAGGUCAAAUGCUUUUUACAAAUGGCUCAUGUAUCUGGAAAAAAUGAUCUCCAAGAGACGACUUAUGCAUUGCACGAAGGUUUGAAUGUCAUUGAAUCGACAAAUUUGAAAUAUUUCACUAAAGAAAUGACUGCUGAAUUCCAUGCCUUGAAAGGCGUUUUCUUGGCCCAGAUGGGUCGCUCAGAAGAUGCCAACAAGGCUUUUAGUGCCGGAUGCCAACUUCACGAUACCUUAGUGAAAGCAUGGGCUCUUUGGGGAGAUUAUACAGAACAUAUGUUUACAAAAGAGAAACCAGAGAACCGAAAUAUGAUGUUAGGAGUUACUGCAUUGACAUGUUUUCUGCAUUCCUGUCGCCAUCAGAAUGAAAGCAAGGCUCGGAAGUAUUUAGCAAAAAUCCUCUGGCUGCUAACGUAUGAUGAUGAAACUCUUCAACUAACCGAGGCUGUCGAUAAGUACAGUCCUGGAGUUCCACCUUUGCAGUGGUUACCUUGGGUGCCGCAGCUGUUGACUUGCCUUGUACGAAACGAAGGACAGAAAAUGCUUAACAUUAUUAGUCAAGUUGGGAGGGCUUAUCCUCAGGCUGUUUAUUUUCCGAUCAGAACAUUAUACUUAAUUUUGAAAAUAGAGCAGAGAGAAAAGUAUAAGAGUGGAAAUGCUCAAGCUUUAAUUCAGGCUGGAAAUGCUACAUUAACACAAUCUAGUCCUGCAGUUUCUUUGUCAGAAACUUCUGGAACAGAUUUUUCUGCUGCGACUGCACAGCCAUCCGAGUCGGCUCCUAUCCGGGCUACCCAACCCAUGUGGCGUUGCAGUCGUAUCAUGCACAUGCAGAGAGAUAUACAUCCUACUAUAUUAUUGUGCUUGGAAGGAAUAGUUGAUCAAAUGGUUUGGUUCCGUGAAAAUGUAUAUGAAGAAGUUUUACGACAGUUGCGCCAAGCUUUAGCAAAGUGUUAUGCAGUUGCUUAUGAAACUGCUGGUGCAGUUUCAGAUUCCACUGUAACUCCUCAUACUUUGAACUUUGUUAAGAAACUUGUAUCUACCUUUGGCAUUGGAGUUGAAAAUAUUUCCACAACUGUAUCUACUGCUAUGUCUAGUUCAGUGUCAGAAUCCUUAGCGAGGAGAGCGCAAGCUACCGCCCAGGAUCCAGUUUUUCAGAAAAUGAAGGGGCAGUUUACAGCCGAUUUUGACUUCAGUGUUCCAGGUGCUAUGAAAUUACAUAAUCUCAUUAUGAAGUUGAAGAAAUGGGUUAAAAUAUUAGAAGGCAAAACUAAGUUACUCCAUAAAUCUUUCCUCAUCGAAGAAAAAUGCAGAUUUUUGAAUAAUUUUGCUCAACAAACUGCCGAUGUUGAAAUUCCUGGAGAGUUUUUGUUACCUAGGCACAAUCAUUAUUUUGUCAGAAUUUCAAGGUUCAUGCCCAGAGUAGACAUAGUGCAAAAACACAAUACUGCUGCACGUCGACUGUACAUUAAGGGCCAUAAUGGAAAGAUCUAUCCAUAUUUGGUUGUAAAUGAUGCGUGUCUGAGUGAUGCUAGGAGAGAAGAGAGAGUGCUGCAACUCUUGCGUAUGCUGAAUCAUUACUUGGGUAAACAGAAAGAAACUUCCAAGCGUUUCCUGAAUUUCACAGUCCCUAGGAUUGUUCCAGUUAGUCCUCAGUUGCGCCUGGUGGAGGAUAAUGAAUCUUCUAUUUCACUUUUAGAUAUAUACAAGCAGCGAUGUGCCAAACGUGGAAUAGAGUAUGAUGCUCCUCUUCAGCGGUUUUAUGAAAGGCUUGCAACUGUACAGGCUCGUGGUUCUCAAGCCAGUCAUCAAGUUCUCCGGGACAUCUUGAAAGAUGUCCAAAGUAUUAUGGUGUCCAAGAGUUUGCUCAAAGACUGGGCUGAGCAAACAUACCCUGUAGCUACUGAUUAUUGGACAUUUAGAAAACAAUUUACCCUUCAACUUGCUUUGGCUGGUUUUGUAGAAUAUGUGCUUCAUCUGACUCGUUUGAAUCCGGACAUGAUGUAUAUUCAUCAAGAUAGUGGACUGAUGAACAUAUCCUACUUUCGCUUCAAUGUUGACGAUGCAAAUGGUGAAUUGGAUGCCACACGACCUGUGCCAUUCCGAUUAACUCCCAAUAUUUCAGAAUUCAUUACGACAAUUGGAAUUUGCGGACCUAUGACUGCAUCGAUGGUGGCUGUUGCCCGUUGUCUUGCAAUACCUAAUUUCAAAGUAGCAUCACUUUUGAGAGCUAUUUUAAGAGAUGAAAUGAUUGCUUGGUAUAAGAAAAGACAAGAUGAUUCUCAAGUAAAUGAUUCUAAGCCUGAUGCUGAUGGUGCAGUUAUUAUUCAAAUGGUAACUAAAGCUGUGACAUCAAUAAUGGCUAGGCUGCAAAGUUUGGCUACAUUUGAAGGUUCUGACAGCAAAGUGAGCACAUUAGUUGCAGCAGCCAACAGUCACGAUAAUUUAUGCAGAAUGGACCCAGCAUGGCACCCAUGGCUGUAAAAAGUUCAUCUUACCCAUCAACAGCAUAUGUAUUUUUUAAGCUGGGACAUUUUGUACUGUAUUUUUUAAACUCAUCUCUCAUUUUUUAAAAUAAACUGUGAUGCAAC